CGUGAGUGGAAAGUUGCCUGUUCUUUUCAUUUUACGUUAUAGUUUGUAGUCAACUUGGAUAGAAGCUAACUAGUUUGGGGACUGUCUUUUAUUUAUAAGUUCUGGACUUUUCUGUGUCUCAAGCAUUCUACCAGUUGCUGGUCAUUUAAGAGAUCGUGUGGAACUGGCAAUUUUCGUAACGGCUAUUCCCCUUUAAUUCCAGUCAUUCGUAGACUAAAUUGCGAUCAAAUGGCUAAAAUAAUAUGACUGGGCCUCUGUAUAACAAACUCGCAAUUGUAAACUAUGUGGUUUGCCACAAGUGUAAUUCAAGCACGGUUAGGCAUGCUGAGCUGAACAUAUCACUGGAGAAGCUCGAAAGCCUAAUGGCUCAUUUUACUUAUUCCUAUUACCCUAGUUUCGAGAUCAACACCAAGUAUGAACAGCCAUAACAGCCUAUUUCAUGUUAAGUGUCCGGGUCCACCGGAAGGAGUUUUCACCCUGUUCGGAACCAUUAUUUAACUUUGGUCGCGCUCCCGAUGUACGAAAAGUAAUUGCCAGAGGCCUGUGAUGUGUUAGUUCUUUUACCUUAAAAGAAGCUGGAUUUCGCAAUUGAUUCAGUUUUACUGUACGGUGAUGUGUCUUAAUCGCAACAUCCAACCAAUAACGUAACAGGUUAGACCGGUUCAAGUACAACAAAUGCCUAACGGCAUAGCAUCCACGUUAGUUGCUUUCUUACUCAAGCAAUAUAUUCCCGUCUUCAUAUGUUUAUCGUGUAGUUGGCUUUAAGAAAUUAUGGGUGGUUCGAAAGCAAGAAAUGAGUUGAGGAUUAGAAAGUGAAGUGCAAUGAUAAAGUCCAGAGGUCGGUGGAAGAUGAAGAAGGGAUGCAUCUGCACCACUGGUCAGUUUUAAGCAGUCAAUCGACGCUUCUGAUCGCUUAAAGCAAUCUCGCGUACUACGGUCCUCCUAACCAACGACUGCAUAUUUAUCUGUAGCAGAGAUCAAGUGUCGGAUUCCUUCAAAAAUGUGUGAUGCUGAGGUUAUUCUGGAGUUAGUAUUUUCUUGAGUGACGAACUGAGUAAAUGAUACCAGUUCUGAUGUCCUUCGACCUACGACUCUAGCGAUCAGUCGACGUAGAGUUAAUGUUCCCAUAUUCCAUUCACUCUUUCUGGACAUUUUCUUGGUUAGUUCUCCAUGACCCUUGACAUCACUAUCUCUACUCGUUAAAUUCUUUUGUUUCGGCAUGUGAGCUUGGGCUCGCAGACAUCGGGGUCGAGGUUAACUACUUGGGUCAUGGCUUUAAUAUAUAAUCCUCUUGUUACUGUUUACUUGUUUUAGUAUGUAAUGCAUUUCUAACUAUAGUUCCUACUUCAGUUCGACCGGUCUUAUUUCAUGCAUUCCCAGUUGCACCUGUGGUUUUUCGCCUGAGGUGUGCUAUUUUAAAUACGCCUUUCACAUGACAAGUCAGUCUUCUGGUGUUUGAACACGAGAAGCCCUUUCCAAAAUGUAUUUCUAUCUCUAGUGCUGUCCGAAGUACAAGGGCGGCUAGUACUUUAUGGUUGCUUGUUUUGUGGGUAGGUAUUUUCGAAUUACCUGAAUAAGGUGAGUAGUACUUGUACCAAUCGAGGAGCAUUUAACAAGGCCCAGAGGAAGACGAUAGAAGGCUAAUCACACGACCUUUGUGAGUUUUUGUUGACGCCGUACUCCGGAAAGCCCAACCACCGGAGACGGCAAUCCCUGAAAUAAAGUGAAGGAUGAAAUAUUUAGGAUCAAUCCUCCUUGACACUAACUUACCGUUCUGAGAAUGCAGUACCGCUGUAGAUAUUGGUUGCCUAAAUGGAACACCUUACUGAUUGUUGUAAUAAAUAAGGAUUAUCUCAAACUUCCCUUCAGAUGAGUCAGGUCAGUUGGCUUGAAAAACGUUGAAUAAAGCUAAAUCUUCAAAGUAAAUAGAUUAACUUACCAUUUAAAUGCAGUUGCAUGUGCUUUUUGUUCUAUAUGUCUUACGUUAUUAACCGAGUUCGCUUAUGCUAACAUGCAACAGGCUAGCCAAGCUGGCUACCCUCCCUUCCACUAUCCAACAGCAAGUGAUCAAAACGCACAGUUGCUUCAAGGCUAUGCGCUUUCUCAACAAGGAAACCCAGCUGCUGGAGUUCCAGGCUCUAUGUUUGGGGCUCAGUCAGCUGCUUCAUAUAAUUUUGACCAAACAGGUUCUGCUUACAACCAAACCUCUUCGAUUCCCGUAUGUCAGGUAGACGGUUCACAAGUCCCUAUGCAACCCGCUGCCGGAGGCUUUGCUUACCCUAAUUUCUCUGGGUCAUUCAAUCAGUAUCCUGGAAUGGCGCAAGGGAUGCCUCCUGGAUUGUCAGCUGUCCAAGCAGGCUUCAGUACCGAUAUGCAACAGUUUGGGCCACUCAUGGCUAAUGCUUUUGGGCAAACGAUGUCUGCCAAUGGAGCGAUUUUAGAGGCCAUAGCUCACGAACAAGGACUUGCAGGUUUUAAUCCAGUCGCUUUCCUCCAAGACCCAACUGGCACGAACACUCGCGGUGGAUUGGGCUCUGGAAGAGGCAGCAGCCAAAGAGGUGGAUAUAACAAGUUUGGCGGUUCUCGAUCGGGUUCCAACUUGCCCAGUGUCACUAAUCCUGAUGGACUCCGGGAGGAUACAAUUUUUGUCAGUAAUCUGCCUCAAAAUAUUGAUCACGAUGUAAUGAAGUCUCAAUUCGGUGUCGUCGGGAAAAUCAAGAUCAAUUCCAAAAGCGGUAUGCCCAUGAUAUGGAUAUUUAAAGAAAAAGGUAUACCUAAAGGCGAAGCGCUUGUAACUUAUGAAGAUCCAAGUUGUGUCCAAUCGGCUAUUCAGUGGUUUAAAGAGCAUGAGUUUUUGGGAAGGAAGAUUGAAGUCAAACAAGCUAUUAACAGCCAAAGACCAGUUAUUAUCCCUCCUGGGGGAGGUGGUUUGCUGGGAGGAAAUGGAAAUGGACCAAACAAUCCUGCUGCUGCUCUGGCUGUUGCAGCUGUGGCUGCGGCUGCCAGCGGGAACACUGUUGCCAGUUUGAUGAAUAACAGUGCGGCUGCUGCGGCCAGCCUUGCUGCUCUUACAGCGAACAACCCUCAGCUGGCUGCCCACUUUGAUUCCAAGGAGUAUCCAGGUAUGGGUCGCGGGGCAAGCACAGCCUCUCGAGGUGCCCGUGGAGCAAUUACCAAUGGUUCUUCUGUACGACCUAGCGUCGGUUCGGCUCAAGCAGGUUCAAGGGAAGGUGACUGGAGCUGUCCACAGUGUGGUAAUAUCAACUUUUCAUGGCGAGAACAAUGUAAUAGGUGCCAGUCAACUCGUUCAGGCGAUGGAUCUAGUAAUCCUGAUACGAAUUCUAGAAAUAACUUGAAUGCAACUAGUCGAAGUGCUCAACCACCUGCUGCAGUUAUGAAUUCCAGUUCUCAACAGAGCAAUCCUGGAUUUGGACGAGGCGGGGCAAUGAAUCCUACUUCAGGUGCCAAUCGAGGUGGUCGAGGUGGUGGUCCCAUGCGUGGAAGUAGUGUUGGAACAGGUCGGGCACGUCCAGCGCCUUAUUAAGCCAUCUAAAUUUGCCAUUGUAGGAAAUUUCUUGAAAUAUGCUUUCAUGAUGCAUUUCAGGUCUCUGCAAUUAGUGUCUUUGUUGUCUCACUAACUGGAUGGUUUGUGAAAUAUUGUAUUUGAACUAUGUAAUUAUGGUCAUAUAACUCAAUAAUUGUUAUAUGCUCUACUCCGGCUUAGUUAAUUUUUGAUUUCGAAUUUGCGGCGUAAUUCCAGGCAACUUAAGACCAGUUAUUCUACGUAAAUGAUAAAAGGAAUUUUGUAGAAACCAAGAAUCUCGUAUUACAAUUAACUUGAAGAAAACAAAAUGAAGUAUGCUCAGUUCUUGUCUAGUCAGGACUAGUAGCGGUUGUAGUGUUAGUCUGAAGUACUAAGGCCGGG